GCUGUAUUGGUGAGAGUGGGUACCGAUCGCAGCUGAAGACCUGAAGAGAACUUGCUGCCGAGGACAUUUUGAAGGUUUUGUUGGCUGGAAGAGGCGUCUCUGGAAUUCCAUCCCAGAUCUUUCUUCAGGAUUUGAAGAAAAUUAAAUUAGGACCAUGGGGACACAGAAGGUGACCCCAUCUCUGAUCUUUGCUGUCUCUGUUGCUACAAUUGGCUCUUUCCAGUUUGGCUACAACACUGGAGUCAUCAAUGCUCCUGAGACUAUCAUAAAAGACUUUCUCAACUAUACUUUGGAAGAGAGAUUGGAAGACAUUCCUAGUAAAACAUUGCUUACAACCCUCUGGUCCUUGUCUGUGGCCAUCUUCUCUGUUGGUGGCAUGAUGGGCUCCUUUUCUGUUGGACUCUUUGUCAACCGAUUUGGCAGGCGCAAUUCAAUGCUUAUAGUCAACCUGUUGGCUAUUGCUGGUGGCUGCCUCAUGGGGUUCUGCAAGAUUGCUGAGUCCGUUGAGAUGUUAAUCCUGGGCCGCUUGAUUAUUGGACUUUUCUGUGGACUCUGUACAGGUUUUGUGCCCAUGUACAUUGGAGAAGUAUCUCCUACUGCUCUGAGAGGUGCCUUUGGCACUCUCAACCAGCUGGGGAUCGUCAUUGGGAUUCUGGUGGCUCAGAUAUUUGGUCUGGGAUUUAUCCUGGGAUCUGAAGAUCUGUGGCCUGUGCUGUUGGGCUUAACAAUUAUUCCAGCUAUCCUACAAAGUAUAGCCCUUCCAUUUUGCCCUGAAAGUCCUAGAUUCUUGCUCAUUAAUAGAAAAGAAGAGGAGAAUGCUAAGAGGAUCCUCCAACGGUUAUGGGGCACACCAGAUGUGAACCAGGAUAUCCUGGAACUGAAAGAAGAGAGUGUUAGAAUGUCACAAGAAAAGCAAGUCUCUGUGCUGCAGCUCUUUAAGUCACCCAACUACCAACAACCCCUCCUCAUUUCCAUUGUGCUUCAGCUCUCCCAGCAGCUCUCUGGGAUCAAUGCUGUGUUCUAUUACUCAACAGGAAUCUUUAAGGAAGCAGGUGUUGAUGAGCCAAUAUAUGCUACCAUUGGAGCCGGUGUUGUUAAUACUAUUUUCACUGUAGUUUCUCUGUUUCUGGUGGAAAGGGCAGGAAGAAGGACUUUACAUAUGAUAGGCCUUGGAGGAAUGGCUAUAUGUUCCAUCAUCAUGACUAUUUCUUUGUUAUUGAAGGAUAACUAUAAUGCAAUGAGCUUUGUCUGUAUCACAGCUAUCUUGAUCUAUGUGGCCUUCUUUGAGAUUGGACCAGGCCCUAUUCCAUGGUUUAUUGUGGCUGAACUCUUUGAACAGGGACCACGCCCAGCAGCCAUGGCAGUAGCUGGUUGUUCUAACUGGACCUCCAACUUUUUGGUUGGACUGCUCUUUCUCUCAGCUGCAGCCUAUUUGGGAGCCUAUGUUUUUCUUAUCUUCGCCACUUUCCUCAUUAUCUUCCUGGUCUUCACCUUCUUCAAAGUCCCUGAGACCCGAGGCAGGACUUUUGAGGAUAUCACACGGGCCUUUGAAGGGCAUGGUAAUGAGUCCAAUAAUAGAGCUGGGAAAGGCUCUGUGGGGGAGAUGAACAGCAGCCAGCCUGCUAAGGAGAAUACCACCAAUGUCUAGUCAGACCUCCUUCCACCUCUCUCCCAACAUGGAAAGCAACCUCUCCCUGAAUAGAGAGAGAAACUUCAUCAGGAUGAACCCAGGACUGCUUCCGAAUGCUGCUACUUGAUUCCCUUCUCAUCCCUCAUACUUCUGAACACUCAGAUGAGCCCAGUGUUGGGGUUAGUCAGAUCUUCAAUGCUUUUUAAAUAUUUCAUUUCUUGGACAUUCUCUUCUGUUUAGGAGAGACCAAGUGAACCGACCUUCUUCAUUUCAGGAGGGAUUGGCUGCUUGGCAUAUGACAACGUUGCCAGCUCUUCUUCCCUUAGGUUCUAAUGCCUCACUGGGGCACAUAGGGGAGUAAAGAGUUAGGGUGCAGUUCCCCCAACCUCAGACUUGUCAGGAAGCAGAUAUACAUAGUGUGGAGGGUUAUGGGGAAUUAAAUAAGAGCACCUUCCUCACUUUCACACAGCUCUGCACAGCAAAGUAACUUGAGUUUUAUUUAUUUUAUCUUCUGGUUUUAUUGCAUAAAUAUUUAUUUUUUUAAGUGUAAAGUAAUUUUACCAAAUAAUGAAAAUAUAAGGAAAUAAAGGUUAGAGAGAGGUGUUUAAAGAGGUUCUAGGGCAAAGACGAUUUGAUACUGGAGAGGU